GGCGCAGAUUGAUGACGAUAUUUAUGCGCCCCAUUGAAACAGUACAUGUGGGUUUGCAAAAGAGAAGUAAAGGCAGAUUAUAAACUUACCCAUGUAAGGAGUACACCUAUAUACUAGCAGAAUUAAUUCAGUAUUUCACGAAUAGUAUAUUAUGUUAAACUUAGACUUAGAACUUGGUCUAAAUCAGUGAAAUCUCUGCAGGUUAACUUCCAUCAGCAUCGUUAACUCGCAAGUAAACAACGGCUGCGUCUUCUCGUACUUUUUGACACUAUAAAAAGUAGAACAUUUCAGUUGAUCCGAACCACAAAUGUCCGAUGAAACCUCAAAAGCCAUGAGUUUGGAGGAGCGCACCGCUGAGAAGGGGGCUGAUGUUUCAGCCAGUGGGGAGGCACCAGAGCCAGCCGGUGUCCUGUCCAAGAGACAACGCAAGAAACUCCUGAAGCAUCAGAAAUGGGAAGAAGAGAGGGAACUCCGAAAGGAAAAACGAAAGGAGAGGAAACAACAGCGCCGGCUGGACAGACCGUCGGAUGAGACGGGAGAGGGGGGAGCGACCAACAGCAGAAAGCGCCUGCGCCGGGACGCCUCGACCAGCUCGCUGCGUCUGGUGGUGGACUGCAGCUUCGAUGAGCUCAUGAUGCUGAAGGACAUACGAAAGCUCCACAGGCAGAUUCAGCGGUGCUACGCAGAGAACAGACGAGCCCCUCACCAAGUACAGUUCUAUCUCACAAGCCUCGGUGGGCAGCUGCAGCAGAACAUGGACGACCACGACCAAGGCUGGAGGAACUGGAAGGACAUCACCGUUAAGACGGAGCACUACAUGGAGGUGGUGGGCAAAGAGGAGCUGGUCUACCUGACGUCGGACUCCCCCAACGUGCUGGAGAAACUGGACCCGGCCAAGGCCUACGUGAUCGGAGGCCUGGUUGACCACAACCACCACAAGGGACUCUCGUUUGAGCGGGCCCAGGAGCUCGGCAUCGAACACGCGCAGCUCCCGCUGAGCAGCUUCGUCAAGAUGAACAGCCGUAAGGUCCUGGCGGUGAACCACGUUUUUGAGAUCAUCCUGAAGUAUUUGGAGAAGGGCAGCUGGCGAGAAGCCUUCUUCAGCGUUCUGCCCCCGAGGAAAGGAGCGGUGGUCUUGGGGGAGGGAGGCCAGGCUGCCCAGGACAGCGACUCCGACGCGUCGGAUCACCAAGCCCCGGACUCCACCACCGACACCACGGUUCCACCAGGGGUCAACCACGUAGAGGCCUCCCACGCUUCCAAAGAAGAAGAAACCCAGACAUUAACUUAUUCUACUGGGGCCUCAAAAAAACAUGAAAAAAACAUCUAGCAUGGCAAUAUGGAACAUCAUUUUACAUUUGAAGAGUCAUCUCAAUUGGACUUGUUUUAUUUUGACUGUGACUUUGUUUUUUCUGAUGACCAAAAUUGUUUCUUUGAAAUAAUAAUUUAUUUAUCAAUCUUUAUUGGUUUUGCAUAUUUUGAGUUUAUUGUUGUGCGACCAGAAAACCAUUCAUAGUUUCCCCUAACUUUUCAAUUGUUCAAUUUUUAUUUCAACAUGAAACCGGCAUUUCUGUCCAUAGGAUGGUAUACUUUUGUUGACAUUGUAAAUAAACUCGCAUAUGGAAGCACAAUC